AUGUCUUCGAUUCACACCAUAUACCCCUCAUCCGUCCCUGACACCACCACACGCCGCCGGGACCGGAUUGAUGAACCCCGCAGACCUCACCAGCAACCACAACAGCAACCGCAACAACAACUUCACUUUCAGCAAUAUCAACUUCAAGGCGCCCCGUCGACGCCAAGUAAGAACAGCCAUCUCUCGGCAUACCCAUCGCCCCAACAGCAGUACUCCUCGCCCUCCCUAAACGUCAACACCCCUGCCGAGUCCGAGUCCACCCUCAGUGUUCACUACCAGUCGAGCGAGUUCAGCGAAGUUGACGAUCCCUUCUUUGGCGCGAGUUUCAAUAGCAUUGGCGGCUCCCCUUCUUUCUUGGUGGACGAUAGCUUGGAUUCGUUUCUUGUCGACCAACAGACAUCUCAGUCCAACAUUUCGACUAGCUCGCAACAUGUGCCACAGGCUGGCGCGGUCACCUUUCCUCUGAGUCCCGACAAGACCCCUUCACUAUCCACGGCUUCACCCCACGCAGACGGGAAAAGCGAGUUUGCAACAUUUCCUGACCUGUCUCAGCCAUCGAUUGGGCCACACGAGCUCUCACUUACAGCACAGUCGUCUUCUGUCGACUUGACUCCAAGAACAAGCAACAGUGAGGAGUCAAGCGACAGCGGCCUUGCCCCAGCAGCUUCCAUUAUGCAUAGUCAUAGUCCGCGAGUCACAGUCUCCCAUUGGGAACAAGACAACAAUGUCGGGUCAUAUGAGUUCAACACCAGCCAGCAGGCAGUGCAUGAGGCCGAGCCAUCUCCCACUGUCCGUGAUCUCUCGGGCCGAUGGGCGAAUCAGUCUACAGGCCCGAGCGGUUUGGACCCAGCUCGUCGACCAAACGUCGAGGUCCCGAGCAUGAAUGAGCUGGCUUUAGAUCGUGACCGGGAACAGCAAAACAGAAGGGUUGACAGUUGGCUGCAGAAGCAUACUGCCCGAACAACACCUUCAGAGUUCGUGCCUGUCAUGCCUCAGGAUGCCAACACCAAUGUUCCCGAUCGCGAGAUUGAAGUAUCAGAGACGCAGAAUGUGCUAAAACCUGGCCAAACGUACUACAACGAGAACGCCGCGGGUGGUUUGACGGAAGAGGAUGUCGAUUUCAUUCGACAGAAUCGCAACUGGGCUGAUGGACCCAUGGUAUCGUCCAUUUCUUCCACUCGGCACCAGCCCGAGACCGCUCAAGCCGCGAUUGCGAGAUAUACGCGGAUGUGCGAUAACGAGUCGGUUGUAUCUCGAGCAGCAACAUGGGGGACACGGCGACGCAGUUUACCUAGCAUCUUUGAUUAUGAUGUGCAGGCGACCACAAACCUCUUCAAGAAGCUCUCGCUGAGCCGAGGUGAUAGCAGUCGACGACCGAGCAUCAUUGGGGUCAUGCGCGACAAGCUCACCCGGAAACCAAGUGUCAACAAUAGCAAGCGGUCUCGUGGCGUUGAAAACGAUGAUGCAAGCUCUGGGGGAACCGACACAUCUUUUGAGCGAAGAGACAGCCAGGUGAAGCUCGCACCACCAAGCCCCACCCCAUGGAACAGAAAGAACAGUGUUCCAAGCAUCAACACGGCGCUUGUUGCCAUGGGGGGAAGUGUGGCAGCCAUUGGGACCACACAUGCCCGAUCCGGCUCCCUCAGCGCCACUCCUGUCCACUCUCCAGUCGUGAGGAGCCCGAGCACGCUGAGCGUCAAGAAGCCCUUGAUGAACCGAUUGAGAAGCAAGUCAGAGAACCAACCGCCUGGCAUUGUCGACAUGUGGAAGAUGACCGGUGGGCCGCCGGUUUCCAACCUUGGGAAUGCCAAGUCGAAUGCUGGUGAUUUGGAUGACGAUGAUGACGAGGAAGAUGACGGAUUUGAAGAAGGCGACAAGACGGAGUCAACCAAGCUCAUUGAUGACAUCACCCCCAACAUGGCGGGCUUCAAGGACCACGUUCUCAAGUUGAAUCCUCAACUGAGUACCGUCAACACCUAUCUGGUCGAACGUAUCGCCCACCAGCAGAUCAUCCGGUACAAGGGCCUCCUCAACUCUCGGGUAAAGCACAUCCAGGCUGUCAAAGCACAAAACUGCAACUGCGGUAGCAUGUGCAUUGCACUCGGAGGCAGUGCCAAUAUCCUCAACGCCGGCGGUACCGACCCCCUGUCUGCCAGGUUUGACGGUUCGGAUGGAGAAAUCACGCCGCUAGAGGGCGCGAUCAAUCAGGAGAGCUUCCCUCAAGACAUCCCCAUGCCUCCUACCAGCACACUGCCUGCCGAGUUUGAGUGUCAGCUGUGUUUCACGUCAAAGAAGUUCCAGAAGCCUUCUGACUGGACCAAACAUGUCCAUGAAGAUGUCCAGCCGUUUACCUGCACCUGGGACCGAUGCAGAGACCCCAAGAUCUUCAAGAGAAAGGCAGACUGGGUCCGCCACGAGAACGAAGGUCAUCGGCACCUGGAGUGGUGGACGUGCGACGUUGAGGACUGCCGUCAUAUCUGCUACCGCCGUGACAACUUCCUUCAACACUUGGUUCGCGAGCACAAGUUUACUGAGCCCAAGGUGAAGACCAAGGCGGCCAUCAAACGGGCAGGUGGUAACGACCCCACCUGGCAAAGAGUCGAGGCUUGUCACAAAGAGACCACUGCUUUGCCUCAACAAGAACCAUGCCGCUUCUGUGGCAAGACGUUCCCGACCUGGAAGAAGUUGACUGUCCACUUGGCCAAGCACAUGGAGCAGAUCAGCUUGCCGAUUCUCAAGCUGGUAGCCAAGAAGGAUCUCGACGAGGAUACCAUCAUCAGUCCUGUCCAAGAUCCGCCACCGCGGCAGUUUCCUCCCACAUUCAACACCCAAACCCAGUGGGAUCGAUCUCCGGUUGGCCAGGGGCCAAUGGUCCGUCAACAAGGCCCAAUGCCAGUAUAUACGAAUGCGCCGCUCCCUGGCCAGUUUGUCUACCAUCACGCUAUACCUCAGCAACAACAGUUUUACCCUCAACACCACAGCGAUUUUAGUGAUCUCGCUCAGAGCAUGGGUCAGACCAAUCUCAACAUGCAACCGGUCGGACACCACCCCGUCACUGGCUUCACUAGCCUCAACACGCCCGCCUUUGGCGGCGGACUUCCCGUCACCACAAGCCCUUACAUGUCAACGCCGCCAAACAAUUAUGUGUCUACUCCAGAGAUAGAGCCCUUUCCCGCCAUGCCAGCCAUGUCGAUGAACGCUCUGGGGCUGCAAGAUCCCAGCGCGGGGGUCCAGAUGGGGUAUGGGGGUAACAUGCUUGAUAUUCAUGCGACUGGGCCUGAACAUCAGUUUACACCCCAGGGUUCAGUGUCACCGUUUUCUCACUCGCCACACCAACCCCAGGGGCCGUUUUACCACCCUCAGUGA